AUGGAGGACGACGACCCCCAUUUUGUUUUAAUAGAAGAAGGACCUGCCUCCACAGUGUCUCGCACUUUGACCUCAUUUGACGACCGCGAGCUAGAAUGGAUCGUCGCCAAGUCUUCUACUUACCGUCGCAAAUUUGCGAAGGAGCCCCAUGAUAUUGUCAAAGAGCUAAGGCUACUGUCCAAACUGGCCCAUAGCAAUAUAAUCCCAGUGUUGUCCCAUUUCAAGGACGAGGACGCGUCAAUGCUCACAAUAUACCUCCCUUAUAUUCCGUACUCGCUCGCCCAACUCCUUUCUCGGCCGACAUUUUCGCCCUUCUCUUUUCCUGGCCCAACUCCGGACUCCGAGCAAGCCAGGCGGUUUACAACCGUCGCAAAGUCCAUCACGUUCCAAGCUCUAGACGCGCUCGCGUUUCUUCAUAGGGAGGGAAUAGCACAUAGAGAUGUCAAACCGGCAAAUAUCCUCCUAGCACCAGAGGGUCGUGUCGUGCUAAUCGACUUUGGCAUCGCAUACGAGGAGGGUAAUGCGGGUGACUUGUGGCCAGAGAAAACGGACCACAUGUAUUUUGAAGUAUCCACUGGUCCUUAUCGCGCGCCUGAGUUACUUUUCGGCACCCGUUGUUAUGACGCCACAACGCUAGAUAUGUGGAGUUUGGGGACUGUCCUCGCGGAGAUGUGUACCACGCUUCGUUAUGAGGAUGAAGCUGAAGAGGACGAACCUGUGGCCAGUGCUCAAUCAGGCAAUCCUCCAUUCGUCUUCAAACCCUCUCCAACCCCGACCGAAUGGUAUCACGACACACUCUUCAAUGGUAGAAGGGGCGAAAUAGGGCUUGCAUGGAGCAUAUUCAAAAUCAGAGGCACACCGACCGAAGAGACCUGGCCAGCAUUCCGUGACCUACCUGGGUCGUCCAGCGUCGAGUUUACCGUCGUGCCUCGUGUUCCUUUGCAGGAAUUUCUUCCCAAUCUUCCCCCAAAGUCGUCCGAGCUGCUGGAGCUGAUAGAGGGCUGUCUUGUGUAUCCGCCGGAGCAACGGUUGACUGCGGAGGCCGCCAAAAGGCAUGGCUGGUUUUCUGCGGGGUUAUUAUUGCCGAAUCUCGAUGAUGGUGCAGAGACAUUGUCUCACCUACUGGGGCAGUUCCUCUCUGGCGGGGAGGAGACGGCGUCUUUUUUGACUGGCGGCAGAUAG